GAUUUCAAAAUAAACCCCCAUUGUACCCAACCCCCAUCGUUUCCUAGUACAUAAACAAUUUAAUCAAGUUCAUGGAAAAUUACAUAAUUAAACUGCCAGAAAUUAACGUUGACGUGUCGCCUAUUUUUAUCUUUGUUUACGGAAUGUCAGUUGUCACUUGAUUGUUGGUUAUGUUUAAUUUUGGCGCUCCAUGUGAUAAAAAUGUUUAAAAAACCGGUGAAAAUCAAAAGCAAUAGCCAAGUUAAAGGAUCGGAUAGAAAAAACGUCAAGGAGAGACUUCUCAAAGCGUUUCCUAACCUCACUGAAGCGGACGUUGAAAAUUUGCUCCCAAAGAAGGAAAUCAUCGCUGUUAUUAAACUAACGACGGCUGCUAAUGACAUUGUGCAAGUUUACACUGUCCAGAAACGCCCUAUUGCUUUUGAUGUCCGCGGCACGCUUUUUCCUACAAUUUAUUUACUGUGGAAGUUUCAUGAUUUGGUUCCAGUUUACACCACGCACUCACAGGUGCUUUCUUACUUGUCGUCUGGCGCAGACUUGAUGUUACCAGGUGUUAUAACACCACCAGCGACUUCUGGUUUGUCCAAAUAUGGUAAUUUACCAGAAGGGACGAUGGCGUGUGUUAACACCACCGAUAACAAAGCUGCUAUAGCUGUAGGUGUUACAGCACAGAGUUCCGCGGACAUGUUAUCAUCAGGCGGUAAAGGCAAAUGUCUGACUAUUUAUCACGUCUAUGGCGAUAAAUUGUGUACUUUGGAAGGUCUUCCAAAUAUUCCAGUUGACGAUUUGGGGCCUCCUGAGUGGCUAAAACUCAGUAAUUAUGAUGAAGAUUUUCCAGAGUUGGGAGCGUCUAAAGAAUCCCCUAGUAACGAGGAAGUUCCAAAAGUGCCCAAUAACGACCCUUGUGACGACGCCAAUAAUGAAGGAAACUCAGAAGAGAGUAAAGAAGAAUCGCCAGUUUGCACCACUGAAGAAAUGGAUGACUUACUCAAUCACUCUUUUUUUGUUACUAUAAAAUACUCAAAAACCUUGACUCUUCCAAUCUUAACGUCAAAUUUUUACAAACUACAAAUGAUGCCGGUUUGCCCUGAGGGAAAAUCGCUUGACAUCAAGAAAUCCUCCUUCAAGAAACUCAAACCGUUUUUAGAUAGUUUGAGCAAGGAGGGUCUGAUUACAAUAAAAGAAGCAAAAAAGGGAGUGGAAUCAAUAACUGCCAUUAAUAAAGACCAUCCAAGGUUUGCCGAAUUUUACCUAGAGCCUUCACUGCGUCCUAGAAAAGACGAAGAAGAAGGUGCGUGCGCACCACUGACUAGCGUCACCGAAUCUUACAUUAUAACACCAAAUGUGUUGCCUAUAUUUGCAGAAACUGGCUUAAAUAAAGGCGAUACUGUGCAAAUGACACAAAUUAGACAACACGUGGUAGAAUACGUGAAGAAAAAUAACUGCCAAAAUGACGAGAAUAAAAGGCUAGUUAAACCUAAAGACGCUUUAAUAAAAAUAUGUAAAACGGAAAAUUUAAUCACGUGGGAGGAGGUGAUGGAAAAAGUUUGUGAAGCAAUGAAGUCUUGCUACAAAGUCACCUCAGGAAACGAGGAGCUUGUGAAUAAAGGCAAAGUUUCUCCAAUAACGCUCACAGUUAGUCAGAGAUCUGGCAACAAAAAAGUGACUCUUGUUGAUAAUUUGGAGCUCUUUGGAAUCCGAAUCGCCGAUUUUGCGAAAGAAUGCCAACAUGGUGUAGCCGCUAGCACUAGUAUUAGUAAACCUCUAGGGAAAAAAUGUGAUCAAUUGUUAGUGCAAGGGAAUCAAGUUUUGUUUGUACAUAAUUUGUUAACAGAAAAGUAUAAAAUCCCUGCGAAAUACAUAAAAGGCUUAGAAAACGCCCCAAAGAAGAAGAAAUAAAACACCAAUAUUUUUAUACUUGUAUUUGUGGUUUUUGAAUAAAAUAUUUUGACAUUUUGAUUGA